CCUUCAUCUGCCCCUGUCCUCCCAUCGCCCUGCUGCUCCCGAUAUGCAGUCGCUCGAUCAAACAUCGCCGACGGAGCCCCUCUCGGUGGCCUUCAUCCACCCCGAUCUCGGCAUUGGCGGAGCCGAGAGACUGAUUGUCGACGCUGCUGCUGGCCUCAGGAAAAAAGGCCACCAUGUUCGAAUCUACACCUCGCACCACGACCCUCGCCACUGCUUUGAAGAGACCCGAGAUGGCACACUUGAUGUCCAAGUUUUGGGCGACUGGAUGCCAAGGACAGUCGCCGGCAAGGGCUACAUUGUCUUUGCAAUCCUCCGAAACCUCUGGCUGUCGGUUCUGCUUCUGCUGUCCCACAACCAGUUCCAUCAACCCUACGAUGUCAUCGUCGUCGAUCAGCUGUCCAUAUCGAUUCCGCUUCUGCGCUGGACUGGGUCCAAGAUCCUCUUCUACUGCCAUUUCCCUGACAAGUUGCUGACCAAGCGCGAGUCGGCGCUCAAGCGACUCUAUCGGAUGCCGGUGGACUACCUCGAGGAGCUAACAACCCGAAUGUCGGAUGAGAUUCUGGUCAACAGCAAGUUCACCCGCCAAGUCUUCAAGGACUCGUUCCGGUCGAUCCAACGUGUGCCCAAGGUCCUGUAUCCAAGCAUCCAUCUGGAAUCGUACGACAAGCAGGUCGACGAGACCGAUCCGAGUGUCGCCAUGCUCAAAUCGCCAAAGAAGACAUUUGUGUCGAUCAACCGCUUCGAACGCAAGAAGAACGUCGGGCUAGCCAUCCGGGCAUUUGCUCAGCUCGCUGAGCGGUACGCCAGCGACUUUGCCAACCUGCGUCUUGUCGUUGCUGGUGGCUACGACAAACGCAGCAUCGAAAACCGCGAGCACCAUCUCGAGCUGGAUCGACUUGCACAGGAGCUCGGCCUCUCGACGGCAACGGUGUUUCCCGGCGAGGUUCAGGAUGUUGGCGAUGCCCAGGUUCUGUUUUUGCUCUCCUUCAACGAGGCACAGCGAACCUUCCUGCUGGCAUCGUCGUUUGGUCUCCUGUACACGCCAAGCAACGAGCACUUUGGCAUUGUCCCGGUCGAGGCCAUGUACGGCCGACUCCCUGUCGUCGCCGUCAACAACGGCGGGCCCACCGAAAGCAUCCUGCACGAAAAGACCGGGUUUCUGUGCGAGUCGGAUCCCGCGGCUUUUGCGACGGCGAUGGUGCAGAUCCUGAGGGGCCAGCCUCUGUCUCGCGACGUCCUGGGCCAACAGGGACGGGCCCAUGCACAAGCCAGGUUCUCACUCGACACGUUUGUCAAUCAGCUGGAAGGCUACGUCGUCGAGCUCAAGACGGCCACGAACUCUGAGGCGCUUUGGACCAGUGCGAGCUUCUGGGUGCUCAUGCUGCUGUGUCUUGCCGUGCCGGGCUACUUCCUGGGCCGGCGCUAAGCGGCUUCGCUUUGCCGGGGUUGUGUUGAUCGGCCCGACGCAAACAUGAAUCCAUGAUUAUCCAUCGCACUUAUUUUGAAACGGGACGCCUCAACGCGCGGAGGGCUUAAUGCGGAUGCUGUCGAGAACACACAAAGCUGAUAUCCAUGAGCGAUUGUUGUCCCGAGC